UCCACACAUCUGACCAAUCACACAUAGUUUCAAUUAAUAAUGUGGCGGGAAAACACUGAAAAAAAAGUUUAUCUCCACUUUUUUUGUGGAAACGGCAGGCAGUUGGCCAAGCUGUAUAGCGUUCGUCGGCAGGUGUUUAUGUACAGACACUCACUCAGCGGUCAAGAAGCACAGAAAGAAGGGGAGUCAGUGUGAGAACUGAAUAGGUGAAAAUAAAUGAGUGACAGAAAACGGAGCAAGAUUUGGACUCAUUUUAAUGCUACAUCAAGCUCCAGGGCAGAGUGCAGACUGUGCAAAGUUAGCAUUUCCUAUCGUGCAGGCUCGACAAACAACCUGCACAGGCACAUGCGGACAUCACACGCAUCGGUAUUGCUAUAGCAUUGUUAUGCGGCAUUUUUACUCAUCAUAAGUGCUUAACAAUGUCAAUAAUGAAACAAAAUAUUAUAAAAUUAGGUUUAAGCUAUUAAUUAAUUAAUAAUGUCAAAAAUAUAUAUGGGGAGCCGUUUGGGAGCCGAAAGAGCCGGCUCGCCACAGUAAGAAGAGCCAUUAGAGCCGCAUCUCGAAAAGGAGCCGAAAAUCCCAUCACUACUAGCUAGCUCUAGAAUUCCAUCCGGACCUGUGUGUCAGUGGGGUUAAUUACCAUAGCAACAGAGUGCUGACCAGGGCAGCCAGUGUUCGUAGCAAUGGAGACCUAAACUUGGCACGAGUACGCCGCCUAGAGGCAAGCUGGCAGAAGACAGAAGGGGUGUGUGUCAUCAGCCUAUACUGCUGUCAUGGGACCUGAAAUUCAGCAACCAUCUGACAGUACAUCUGACCAGCUCAAAUAUCUGGACCGUCAAACUGUUCAGUGGCUCGAAAAAAAACCAUCUGCGAAGACAGAAGCCACCAAGCAACUUAAGUUGGCCCCUACUUGGGCAGACUUGACCAGAACUCGAACUUAUUACUCUCAUAUCCGGCUUGCUCCCAAAACGAAGCUCAGCAAAUGGGCUCUCCAUGCCUUCCCAUCUGAACGAGUAUGUCAACUGGCUCAACCUCGGCCCCAUGCAACAGGGUGGCAGCCUGAACUCCCUCUACCAACACCUGUGAGUAAAGCGUCGCUGACGGCAGUGGCCUCCCCCCGAAUUUGCAAGCUCGCCCAGCCAAGGAAGCGAUGUCCUGAAUCUGAACCUAACAACAAAUCUGAACCUCGGCCUAUGACCCAUUUGACCUCGAUCCAUCUAAGCAUGCUAGCGAGUGAGUUUCCAAGGGCAGAGCAUCCGCUGUAUCAGAGGCAUCGCUCAGCAUGCUGGCCAGUUUCCAUCUCAGCCAGAAGUUACAUACCCUCCAAGAGACUUCUUGAACUUUCCUGCCCCAAAAUACGGAAAGAUGUGUAUGACGGUUAUGACCCAUUUGUUGUUAGCCAUGCAGCUCUCUGUACUAACCCCUCUCCUCGGACAUUGCAGCUCUCUGUACCUCUGCCUCGAAAAUGCACUCCAAAGGUAUCACGCCACUACAUGUAGUCCCUAGAGAGGUGUUCGUUGUUCUUAGUUUCACCACCAAACGUCUCGCUGAGAUCAUUUCAUUCCAAACAGCAGUAAAUUUGCCAGCUCUGCCUAUUGCCUGAGUUAUUAAUCUUUGUGUUUUUUGUGGGUUGAAUCCUAGCUCAUCAAGUCUGGUAACAGUUUUACAGUUGUUGUCUUAAAGUCAGUUAUCACCAUA